AUGCGACUUUUGGAAUAUCACAACAACACAACAUUUCGCUUCGUCGAUGAAUCCCCCACUGAAGAUACAUCCAGAUAUGCCAUACUCUCACAUACAUGGGGCAAGGACACCGAAGAGGUCACAUUCGAAGAUAUAAGCACCGGCUCAGGCCAAGCCAAGGCUGGAUACCAAAAGCUCAUAUUCUGCGCAAAGCAGGCCUCAAAAGAUGGCCUACGGUACUUCUGGGUUGACACUUGCUGUAUCAACAAACCAAACCACACCGAACUGUCAGAGGCCAUUAUCUCUAUGUUUCGCUGGUACCACGAGGCGACCGUCUGUUAUGGGUAUCUAUCGGAUGUUGAAAUCGGCCAGUUCUGGGAGUCGUCCUUUCGGAAAAGUAGAUGGUUUACUCGCGGCUGGACACUGCAGGAAUUGCUCGCGCCGCGAUCAGUUGAAUUCUACUCCAAAGAAGGCGAACACCUAGGCAGCAAGAGAUCGCUGGAACAACAAGUGCACGAAGCCACUGGAAUUCCUGUCGAGGCUCUUCGGGGAAGCCCUAUGUCCAAUUUCAGCGUAGAUGAACGAAUGCUGUGGGCCGCGAAUCGGCAAACAAAGCGCAAAGAGGACAAGGCGUAUUCUCUGCUGGGCAUUUUCGGCGUUUACAUGCCUUUCCUGUAUGGCGAGGGAGACUAUGCGUUCACCCGGCUCGAAGAGGCGAUUAGGAAUUCAAAGCGUCAAGCUCAAGCUGGUAUUCAAUGGCAGGCCAGACACGCAAUGCCGUCGUCUAUUUAUCACGAAACAUCUGAUCAUCUUGCCAAAGACGGGUACCGUCUUAAGUGCGUCAGCAACUAUAUUAUCGACUCUGAUCUGCGUUUCGCUGCUAUAUGGGUACGAAUGGACUCUCCAAACUUGGUUGCAAAGUACGGCAUGACGGGCGAAGAAUAUCAAGAGCAAUUCGAGGCUCUUGUUGCAGAUGGCUUUCGGCUCAGGCUUGUCAACGGCUACACCGGUAUCGGAAGGAAAGCUCUCUAUACAGCCGUCUGGGACAAGUCUGUUGGCACUGUGUGGGUUUCUAGACAUGGCAUGACUUCUACAGACUAUCAGAUGGCUUUUGAUACCUAUAUCUCUCAAGGAUACAGACUACGACACGUCAGUGGGUAUGCACAAGGAAAUCAGCCACUGUACGCAGCUUUGUGGGACAAGUCAGAAACCGAGAUCCCUUGGGUUGCUGCCCAUGGCGUAACAUCGAGCGAAUAUCAGCAGGAAUUCGACAAGUACGUCAAUCGGGGGUUUCGACUUGUCCACGUUUGUGGCUACGUGGUUGACAAUGAGGCAUAUUACGCCGCGAUUUGGGACAAAUCUCAUAGCAAGGGGUGGUUUGCACGGCAUGGGCUGACCGCCACGGAGUAUCAGAGCGAGCAGGGUAAAUGGGUGGAUCUGGGAUAUCGAUUGGCUGUUGUCAGUGGAUAUACUGUGGAUUUCAAUCAGGAUCUGUACGCCGCACUCUGGGUCAAGGACUAA